GCGCUCCGCCUAGGCCCCGCCCCCAGGGGGUCCUGGAAGGAGCGCGCGUGCGCAGUGUCCCGCAGCCCGGAAGAGGUUCGCGGGGGUCUCGGGUCUCGCCGGCGCCUGUGACCUUUUGCCGUUUAGAGUUUAAACCUGAGCGUCUUAGUCCGCGGUCCUACACGCCUGGGGACUUGGGGUUGCUACGGCCGCUAAAGUUCCUGCUCCCGUGCCUCUCACCUUGGGUUAAAAAAUCCCACAAAACAGUGAAAUUUAUGGAAACAGAAGAGAAUGUUGCUUGCCAACGGCUGGGAGAAAGGAACAAUGGAGAGUUGCUGUUCAAAAAGAAUACAUUUUCAGUUAUGCAAGGGACUGUUGACCUUCCAGGAUGUGGCCAUAGAUUUCUCUGCAGAGGAGUGGGACUGCCUGGACCUCAAGCAACGGGAAUUGUACAGGGAUGUGAUGUUAGAGAACUACAGGAACCUGGCCUCCUUGGGACUUGUAGUCUCCAAGCCAGACCUGGUCACCUUAUUGGAGCACAUCAAAGAUCCCUGGGAUAUAAAGAACAUGGUGGUGAAAACAGCCCUAGUCCCAGCUGUGCCUUCUCACGAAACCCAAUGUUUGAUGUCAAAAAAGUCAGGCUUAGAAGACUUACACCAAAAAGUGAAGCUGGGAGAAUAUAAAAGAUGUAGCCUUGGAAAGGUAAACUUCAUGGAAGGCUGGGAAUAUACGAGGCCAUGUGAAGGGCAGAGAGGAUGUUAUUAUGGACAAAACCUAAUUGGGACAGUUUCCUGUAAUGCAAACGUGAUAGCCAAAAGAAAUCAAGGAUAUGAAUCAAAGUGGGGAAAACACCCAUUGAACUCUUUUAUAUUUGUAGAGAAACGUAUGUUUGUAAGCAAAGACCCACAUCAUUUUUUGAAACGUAUAUGUUCUCUGAAAGGAAAUUUGGAAAAUCUGGAAAGUCAUCUAGUCUCUACUGCAAAUCCUCAUUCAAACCUUUCUGAACAUAGCCUUCAAUUAAACAUGCGUUCAAGCAUGCCUGAAAACCAGAAAUUUGAAAAUGAAGAAAAACAAUCUCAAUAUAAACAAUUGGAGGAAUCCUGUAGCAAGGGUUCAUCAUUCUCCAAACAACAGAUACUUUUUGCUUGUUACAGAAUCUGUAAUGUUAAAGAUAAUGAGAGAGACCUUAUUCAGCCACCUUUGUUUAAUAGAUAUCAUGAUAUAGGUAAUGCAGAAAAACUUUUCAUGUGUAAUAAAAUGAGUAAGGGCUUAAGCAACAGAUCUGCCUUCAAUAAUUACAGGAAAAUUUCUAUAGGUGUGACAAGCUAUUCAUGCAAGGAAAGGGAAUGUGACGUUGACCAAGACUCCAAUCUUAUGAGACAACAAGGACCUCAAUUUGCAAGCAGCGAUGCCAUAAGUAGUAAAUGUAGGAAUGUCCUUGAUCACAGCUCAAGUCUUAGUAUAUAUGACAGUAUUCAUAUUGGAGAGAACACUUCUAACUGUAGCGAAUAUAGUAAUGUGUUGAAGCAGCCUUUGAAACUUACUCAAGAUCAGAGUAUUCAUGUGAGGCAGAAACAUUACAAGUGUAACGAAUGUGGAAAAGUCUUUACUACAUCAUCACAUCUAAGUAGGCACAGACAAAUUCAUACUGGAAGGAAACCUUUCGAAUGUACAGUAUGUGGUAAAGCCUUUAAUCAGAGAUCACAUCUUACUCUUCAUCAGCGAAUCCAUACUGGAGAGAAGCCUUAUAAAUGUAAGGAUUGUGGCAAAGCCUUUUGCCAGAGCUCAAGCCUUACUCGACACCAGCGAAUCUGUACGGGAGAGAAACCAUACAAAUGUAAAGAAUGUGGUAAAGCCUUUACUUGGUGCAAAAACCUUACUCGACAUCAGAUAAUUCAUACUGAAGAGAAACCUUAUAAGUGUACAGAAUGUGGCAAGAGCUUUCAUAAGAGAUCAAAUCUUACUGAACAUCCGCAGAUCCAUACUGAGGAAAAACCACACAAAUGUAAAGAAUGUGGCAAAGCCUUUAAUAAUUUUUCAUAUCUUAGUCAACUUCAGCGAAUUCAUACUGGAGAGAAGCCUUAUAAAGGUACAGAGUGUGGGAAAGCCUUUAAGCAGAGUUCAAGUCUUACUCAACAUCAGCUAAUUCUUAGUGAAGAAAAGUCUCAUACAUGUAUAGAAUGUGGCAAGGCCUUUAAGUGGCAUGCAAGCCUGACUCAACACCAGCGAAUUCAUACUGGAGAGAAUCCUUAUAAAUGUGUAGAAUGUGGCAAAGCCUAUAUGUGCCAUAAAAGCCUAACUAAACAUCAGCGAACUCAUACUGGGGUGAAACCUUACAAAUGUAAAGAAUGUGGCAAAGUCUUUACUCAGAGCUCAAAUUGUACUAUACAUCAGCGAAUUCAUACUGGGGAGAAACCUUUUAAGUGUACGGAAUGUGGGAAAGCCUUUAAUCGGGGCUCAAACCUUACUGCACAUCAGCGAAUUCAUAGUGAAGAAAAGUCUUAUAAAUGUAUAGAAUGUGGCAAGGCCUAUAAGUGGCGUGCAAGCCUAAAUCUACAUCAGCGUAUUCAUACUGGGGAGAAACCUUACAAAUGUAUAGAAUGUGGCAAAGUCUUUACUUAUAGCUCACACCUUACUAAGCAUCAGCGAAUUCAUACUGGGAUGAAACCAUACAAAUGUAAAGAAUGUGGGAAAGCCUUUAAUCACAGCUCACACCUUACUAAACAUCAGAGAAUUCAUACUGGGGAGAGACCUUAUAAAUGUAGAGAAUGUGGGAAAGCCUUUACUCAGAGCUCAACUCUUAGUAAACAUCAACGAAUUCAUAAUGAAGAGAAGUCUUAUAAAUGUAUAGAAUGUGGCAAGGCCUUUAAGUGGCGUGAAAGCCUAACUAAGCAUCAACGAACUCACACUGGGGUGAAAUCUUACAAAUGUAAAGAAUGUGGCAAAGCCUUUACUCACAGUUCAGAUCGUACUGUACAUCAGCGAAUUCAUACAGGGGAGAAACCGUUUAAGUGUACAGCAUGUGGGAAAGCCUUUAAUCGGCACUCAAAGCUUAGUGCACAUCAGCGAAUUCAUAGUGAAGAAAAGUCUUAUAAAUGUAUAGAAUGUGGCAAGGCAUAUAAGUGGCGUGAAAGCCUAAAUCAACAUCAGCGAACUCAUACUGGGGAGAAACCUUAUAAAUGUAUAGAAUGUGGCAAGGCCUUUACUCAUAGCGCACACCUUACUAAGCAUCGUCGAAUGCAUACUGGGAUGAAACCAUACACAUGUAAAGAAUGUGGGAAAGCCUUUAAUCACAGCUCACACCUUACUAAACAUCGGAGAAUUCAUACUGGGGAGAGACCUUAUAAAUGUAGAGAAUGCGGGAAAGCCUUUACUCAGAGCUCAACUCUUAGUAAACAUCAACGAAUUCAUAAUGAAGAGAAGUCUUAUAAAUGUAUAGAAUGUGGCAAGGCCUAUAAGUGGCGUGAAAGCCUAACUAAACAUCAGCGAACUCAUACUGGGGAGAAACCUUACAAAUGUAUAGAAUGUGGCAAGGCUUUUAUUGAUAGCUCACAACUUACUCAGCAUCAGCGAGUUCAUACAGAGGAGAAACCAUAGACAUGUAAACAAUGUGGGAAAGCCUUUACUCAGAGCUCAAGUCUUAGUAAAUAUCAGCGGAUUGAUACUGGGGAGAAACCUUUUAAGUGUAGAGAAUGUGGGAAAGCCUUUAAUGGGAGCUCAUACCUUAGUAUACAUCAGCAAAUUCAUAGUGAAGUAUUAUAAAUGUAAAGAAUGUGGCAAAGCCUUUAACAGUUGCUCAACUCUUAACUCGACAUCAGAUGAUUCAUGGUGCAGAGAAACCUUAUAAAUGUAGAGUGCGUGAAAGGUUUUAGGCAGAGCUAUCACCUCACUCAACAUCAGAGUACAUACUGGAAAGAAACCUUACAAAUGUAAUGCAGUGAAAGAGGUUUGUCUGAAAUAUCCAGCGUAAAAAACACCAGAGAGUAAAUAUAGGAAAGGUAUUCGAAUGAUGUAAACAAUGUAGAAAAAUAUUUAGUCAAAAAUGAAAUCUAAAUAAGUAAGAGGAGGCACACUAGAAAUCACUCAGUCAAUACCUCUUUUCUCUGAUUAGUGUCAAUCAGAAUUCGAUAGUCAUCAAUAGUUAUAACACGUGGAAAAUUGAUGUGGUGGAGGGGAUCCCAAUUUGAAGGGGGUGGAUGUUUGUAUAGGUACAGAGAUUAUCACUGUCCUUGUUUAUAUUGACAUGAUUUGAGAUUAUUUGAAAACCUAAAUAAAUGUAAUUAAACUCACAAAUU